CGCUUUAUCAACCCCCCCCAAAUUCUGAGUAUGCUGGCGUCUAUUGCGGUUCUGAGCCUGCUCGCUUUAUUUGUACUCAGCUGGCUGCGCGGAAAGGGUUCACGGGAGUCGGGUCUGCCCCCUGGUCCACCUACCCUUCCUAUCAUAGGAAAUAUACAUCAACUCCCUACCAAGUUUGCCUACCUUCGGUUCACGGAAUGGAGCAAACAAUAUGGUGGUAUAUUCUCAUUGAAACUGGCUUCGCAAACAAUUAUUGUGAUCUCCAGCCCUCGCCUAAUACGGGACUUUAUGGACAAACGCAGUGGUUCCAUGGGCGAUCGACCUCCGUCACGGCUCCCCGACAUCACCACCAAUGGGCUGAGCCUGCCACUGGCUAGCGGUCCAGUAUGGAAGUCUUUAAGGCGAGCAGUUCAGCAGCUCCUGACUCGUGAGGCCUGUUCGCGCCAUAUGCCUAUCCAACAGGCGGAAGCGACACAGUUGAUGUACGAUUUACUCAAACAGCCCGAGAACUUCUUUAACCACAUUCAAAGGCAAAUGAUAUCCAUCAUGCUUUCUACAGUCUUUGGUUUUCGAAGCCCCCGAUACGCAGAUAGUGCUGCAUCCAUUUUUUUUUCUCAGUUCAACACAAAUGGGAGGCUUUACUUGAACCAGGCGCUCAUCCCUCAAUCGACCUUAUACCUGCAUUGGAAUAUUAUCGACCAACGAGAGAAGUUGGGAUUGACAAGGGAUAUGGUAGGGUACUUGGGAGGCGUCUGUAUUGAGGGCGGCUCUGCCACGACUGCCGCCUAUCUGCAUAGAUUUGUGCUUUGCAUUUCUUGCUAUCCUGAUGUGCAGGCUCGGGCGCAGAGAGAGAUCGACGACUUAAUCGGGUCCAAUAGAGUGCCUACUUCACAAGAUAUUGAACACCUGCCAUACAUACAAGCAAUAAUCAAAGAGGUGCAUCGGUUUUACACCAGUGGUCCUCUGGGGUUACCUCAUGCGACUACUAUUGAUGAAACUAUUGACGGGUACUUCAUACCUAAAGGCUCUACGGUUUUCAUGAACAUCUAUGGGAUUUAUCAUAGCGAGGAAUUAUGUGAACGACCUGAAGUCUUCAAUCCGGAACGCUAUCUCAGCUCUGAAUUCGGAACUAAGCCAAAUGCAGAUACCACUGGUCUUCGUUCUGAUCUCCACUUUGGAAGCGGAAGGCGCAUUUGUCCCGGAAACCACUUGGCAAACAGUUCUAUCAUCAUGAACAUCAUGAACCUUCUGUGGGGUUUCGAUUUCACAAUCGCCGACGCAGCCAACCGCGACCGCCACAUUCCCAUCCGGCCAGAAGACUUUACAACUGGCAUCGCGAUUGGACCAAAGCCAUUCAAAUGCAACAUUCGGCCUCGUAGCGAGAAACAUGCCGCGCUGAUUUGCGAGGCGUAUGCUCAAGCUAGGCCGACUCUCAGCAUGUUUGAGCAAGAGUUGACUCCGAGCGAGCAGAAGUUCGUCGAAGACUGGUGAUUCGUUUCUAUGAUCUCUUUAUAGUCCAUUGGUACGCGUUUGAGCUGACAUUUGGAGUCUAAAUCGGCUCCAUAUCGAGGCUGUGCAUUUGUUGCAGCCUUUCGCAGGAUGCUGCGGUGCCUUAAGCACAUCAU